CAUGCCUGAAUGUAAUCAUUUAGUUGACAUGGGAGGUAACAGACAGUAAAAAUACAGUAAAAGAUUAUGCUGUACAAACAAUGACAGACAAUUGGUCAAAGUCCACAGACAAAUGCCCACUGGUAAAUUUGGCUUGGAAUACAAUUUGUUACCAUGACUCUUACUAGCGACCUUCCUGCAUUAACGUAAGAACUUCCUCUAUUUCUUUCCACUUGGAAAAAACACUGGAGGCCCUGCCAGAGUACAACGCCAUGAAACAAGACAGUUAUGCCAGACGACACCGAGGGAGAGUGGGGUGGUCUCAGACGCCCUCUGUGAGUGGUGGUGGGCACAGAGUGUCCUCAGGGAGGAUGUUCCUCUGGGCGGGAAGUAAAGGAGCUCAGGGAUCAGGAGGUGAGAGAAGGACUAUUUAUCAGAAGGUCCGGGAGUAUGACGUGCUAGACAAAAGGAAGACAGUGACAGCGCUGAAGGCUGGGGAGGACAGAGCUAUUCUCCUCGGACUCAGCAUGAUCCUCUUCUCUGUGAUGAUGUACUUUGUGCUGGGCAUCACCAUGGUGCGCUCCUACUCAGACAGUGUGUGGACGGAGGAAUCCAGCUGCACUGUGCUCAACUCCACCAUCGUGGCGGAGAUUAACUGUACCUACAGCUGCGGCUCUGAGUGCUGGAAAAGCUCCAAGUACCCGUGCCUACAGGUGUUUGUCAGUCUCAACACAUCCGGGAAGGUUGUCAGACUCUCCCACAACGAGGAGGCACAGGAUACCAGCCCAGAGUGCUUCUAUGUGCCCAAAUGUCGGAAGGACUACAACGCGAUGUACACCGUAAUCAUGAACAUCUCGGAGCGUCUGAAAACACAGCAGCUGGUGUUGUGUUACACGGACCCAGGUGAACAGCAGGACAGUGCUCUACUGACACGCAUCUAUGGCCGAGUGGCAGUGUUCCACUCACUCUUCUGGCCCACCUGCACCCUCAUUGGUGGAACCAUCAUCAUCGCCAUGGUGAAGCUCACCCAGUACCUGUCCAUCAUGUGUGAACAGGUGGGCAGGAUCAAAAGGUGAGCGACAGGGCACAUAGGACAGGGGCCAGACUACAGUAGCAGCACAUAGCACUGGUCUUCAUACGCUGCCUAGGAACCUUACGGAAGCUUUUUAUGUUCCAUUAGCACUGAAGAGACCUGAGUAAUAGAGUGACAGGGGAUCUGGGGGCUUAUAUUCAUCACAUGACUCCUCUGGUUCUUCUGAGGAAAGCAAUAGGACUGAUGUGUGCUCCCGGCAGUUGUGGCAUGGCAAGUGAAAGAUUUUGUCCUGGAAUCCCUUUUAUGCACCUCUGCAAGUGGUACAAUCUUACGAGGCGAUGGCUUUGAAGAAGUGGCCAACAAUGGACCUGAUCUGCCCUUGAACCCUAGUCAGCUUUGGUGAUCCAUUCACACUGUGACCAAAAGGCAGUGACGACAAGAGAGUUUGACCGAGACAACUGUGUCGAAGCCUUCCCCAAAAUACUGAUCCAAACUUGGCUCCUCGUGGUAAUGGUGUUGGGUGGAGGGUUACACAACUCCAGGCGGCUGGGACGAGUCCAGUCCCCUGAGCGAGGUGUUGACUAUCUAUGUUGUAUUCCUGGGUCUGUAGAGACCAUUCCAAGCUAAUAGUUCAGGAUAAACACUUUCUUGAAGCAUGGUGUAGCAGUAAUCACAUAUCACAAUAGUUGUUAGUCACUAGGACGCUUAGACCGUUAAGUACAAUGCAACUUCCCAGGGCAAGUGUUCAAUACAAAAUGCCUACAUUUCUGGUCCCAACACUGUGGUAGAUUGCUAUGAGUUUCAGACAUGAAUUCUACAGGACUUUCUCUGAAAGGGGUAAACAUACUGUGAGGCCAACUACGUUUUCAGGGCCUGGAGCACAAAUUUAAUUGAGAAGAAGCACAAAUCCAUAAUGGAGGUCAGUCAUGGUGUGUUUUACCACAAAUAUUUACAGAAUUAUGAUUGAUUGAACACAUUCAGACCAAACUGGGUAAAAAUGCCAAUAUUUCAUUCUUGGCUCCAUGAUCACUAUUAUUAGUUUGUUAUUAUUUUGCUGUCACAAUCAUCUCAUGUUGUCAUCAGCAGUUUAUCCAUGUCUAUAAUGUGCUACACUAUUGACUGUUUGACUUUCUUUCUUAUCAAUUAAUGCAAACCAAUGUAAAUGCAAUUUUGUCUUGCAUUCAUAAAUUAAAAGGCAAACUCAGCAAUUACAGUA